CUUAUUCGCAAGAACGAAGCUCCAGCUCGGGCUGUGCCACCAGUACCAAUUGACAUGGACCGGCUGUGGGGUCUCGACGUGGACGACGAAAUCUGGCAGGAUAUCGGGCUGGCCGAUGAAUAUGAUACGGCGGACGGGCAACCUCCCAGAUGGUUGUCAGAUGAGAAAGUUAAAUCGGGCAUACGCCAUAUGCUAGAGGUGGACAGGUGCGAGGAGGAACUCCGACGCAUUUUACUCGAGCGCGAAACCCUCCAAAGCUGGCUUCGGGAAGAGUGGGCAGCGGUUAACCAUGCCCUCAAGAAU